CAGUUUUGCGCAUUGAGGUGUCUAUGGUACGGAGGCCACUUAACAUCACCCGACAAGUCUAUUAAUUGCUUCAUCAAUGGAAAACUUCUAUGCAUAAGAUUACGUAUUACUUGAAAACCCUAUAAUCAUUGCUGCUUUUUUGUAAAUAAAUAUCUACUUUUUAAAAGACAUAAACAUCAUGGAAUAUUUGAGAAAAACACGGAUCUUAGAAUCUUGUUAAGCCUGGAAUCUACAAGUGUAAUCACUGUGUUAUCAUCUUCACAAUCUGAGCCAACAAUACAUGAAGCAUUUUUUCUGAUUAAGUCUGAUAAUAUAACUCUAAUGAAGUUGUAACGAAAAAUAUUUUAAUAAGCAUAAACAAUGGGCAAAAGAUUCCAGUUUGCAAUAGACCGAGGAGGUACUUUUACGGAUGUGUAUGCACGAUGCCCUAAUGGAAAGGUGCGUGUCAUGAAGCUGUUGUCUGUUGAUCCUCAGAACUAUUCCGAUGCUCCCAGGGAAGCAAUAAGAAGGAUAUUACAAGAAGAAACUGGCAAUGCAUUAGACAAAUAUGGCAAAGUCAACUCUGCCCUAAUAGAAUCUAUUCGCAUGGGUACCACAGUCGCCACAAAUGCUUUGCUGGAAAGGAAAGGAGCUGCAAUGGCUCUGGUCAUUAACAAGGGCUUCAAAGAUUUACUUUACAUCGGAAACCAGGCGAGACCGAAUAUAUUUCAACUGAACAUCAAACGUCCAGAGGUCUUGUAUAAAGAGGUGGUAGAGGUAGAUUGUAGAGUGAUACCAGCGCUAGAAGACCGAUGUCAGUUGGACAAGGCUGGGAAAAAUUGGAAGGAAGUUUAUGGAACCACCGGUGAAAAGAUGCUAGUUAUCAAAGACAUAGACGAAGAUGCAGUCAGAUUAGACUUGCAGGCGUUGAAAGAAAAGGGGAUAGAGAGUAUUGCUGUAGUCUUAGCGCAUAGUUACACAUACCACGACCACGAGAUAAGAGUGGGGAAGAUAGCCGAAAGCUUAGGUUUCACUCAAGUAUCAUUGUCGCAUGCUGUAACGUCCAUGGUGCGCAUGGUGCCGCGAGGGUUCACGGCUUCAGCUGACGCGUACCUGACUCCUCACAUCCGGGAGUACGUGAGGAGUUUCUCGGACGGCUUCACCGAUUCUCUGAAGGACGCCAACGUGCUGUUUAUGCAAUCUGACGGUGGUUUGACUCCUAUGAAUUUAUUCAACGGCUCGCGCGCCAUCCUCUCUGGACCAGCUGGAGGCGUGAUUGGUUACGCUAUGACCUCGUACCAGAAAGAAACCGGCCUGCCGGUCAUAGGUUUCGAUAUGGGCGGCACCUCGACGGACGUGUCGCGGUACGCGGGCUCCCUGGAGCACGUCCACGAGGCCACCACGGCCGGCGUCACGAUACAAGCGCCACAGCUAGAUAUAAACACAGUGGCAGCGGGCGGCGGGUCCAUGCUGUUCUUCCGGUCGGGCCUGUUCGUGGCGGGGCCGGAGUCCGCGGGCGCCGAGCCGGGCCCCGCUUGCUAUCGGAAGGGCGGUCCGCUCGCCGUCACUGACGCUAAUCUGUUGCUAGGUCGUCUGCUGCCUGAAUACUUCCCGAAGAUCUUCGGUCCCGAUGAGAACGAGCCCUUGGACCGAGCCGCGACAGUGACGGCCUUCGAGAAAAUGACAGAAGAAAUUAAUGCGUUCUUGAAACAAGAUGGCGGUAACGAGAUGACAACAGAAGAAGUAGCAAUGGGUUUUAUCAAUGUUGCCAACGAAGCCAUGUGUCGUCCUAUUAGGGCGCUGACGACGGCGCGCGGGCAUGACGCGGCGCAGCACGCGCUGGCGUGCUUCGGCGGCGCGGGCGGCCAGCACGCCUGCUCCGUGGCGCGGCGUCUGGGCAUCUCCACUGUGCUCAUACAUAAAUACGCAGGUAUCCUGUCGGCAUACGGUAUGGCCCUGGCCCACAUAGUGCACGAGGCGCAGGAGCCCAGCGCGUGCGUCUACAGCCCAGAGAACUACCAGCAGCUCGACCGCAAGCUGGAUGUGCUAUCUGCUGUUUGUAAGGAUAAGCUGUUGGCUCAGGGUAUUCCAGCGUCCCGGAUAGUUUUAGAGCCGUACUUACAUCUCCGGUACGCGGGGACGGACUGCGCGCUCAUGGUGUCCCCCCUGCCCGGGGGCUCCGCCACGGCUUGCAGCCACGGGGACUUCUAUACGGCCUUCGUGAACAGAUACAAAAACGAGUUCGGUUUCACGUUGUCCGAGCGAGACGUGCUCGUGGACGACGUCCGCGUGCGCGGCGUGGGACUCAGCGCCGCGCACGAGCACGAGGGGGUGCCCAGCGGGGAAGGCGCGCCGCCCCCCGCCGAGAAGACGGUGAAGGUGUACUUCGAAGGCGGCUACCAGGAUACUAAAAUAUAUUUAUUGGAGAAGCUAUUGGCGGAGCAAGUGGUCCCGGGACCAGCUAUUAUAAUGGAUAGCUUGUCGACAAUACUUGUCGAGCCUGAUUGUCGAGCAGAAAUAACAAAGUACGGAGACGUCAAAAUCACUAUUGGGUCUGGGCAAGCGAAGAAAGUGACCACCGCCUUGGACUCCAUACAGCUCAGCAUAUUCUCGCAUCGUUUCAUGUCUAUAGCUGAACAGAUGGGCAGAGUACUACAAAGAACAUCUAUAUCGGUGAACAUCAAAGAGCGAUUGGACUUCUCGUGCGCGCUGUUCGGUCCCACCGGUGGGCUGGUCUCGAACGCUCCUCACAUCCCCGUACAUUUGGGCGCUAUGCAGGAGGCGGUUCAGUAUCAGAUGAAAGUACGCGGCGAUACCCUGCGGCCCGGCGACGUGCUGUUGGCCAACCAUCCCAAAGCCGGAGGUUCGCAUCUGCCCGACCUCACAGUCAUAACGCCGGUCUUCCACGGGAGCGACCCUCGUCCGAUAUUCUUCGUGGCGUCCCGCGGGCACCACGCCGACAUCGGCGGCCUCACGCCGGGCUCCAUGCCGCCGCACUCUGUCAGCCUCACGCAGGAGGGCGCCGCCUUCAAGUCCUUCCUGCUCGUCGACAAGGGCGCUUUCAACGAGAAACUGCUUGUCGAAGAACUGAUGAAACCCGGGAACGAGCCCGGCUGUUCCGGGACCAGGAACCUGGCUGACAACCUCUCCGAUCUGAAGGCGCAGGUCGCGGCCAAUCAAAGGGGCAUACAGCUAGUGGGGGAGUUGAUAGAGGAAUACGGCCUCGAAGUGGUACAGGCUUACAUGGAGCACAUACAGAAGAACGCCGAGCUGGCCGUGAGGGACAUGCUCAAGGAGAUAGCGAGGAGCGCUAUUGCGGAGACAGGCUCGGCCGUGCUGUCGGCUGUCGAAUACAUGGACAACGGCACGCCGAUCAGCCUCACCGUGACCCUGGAUAAAGACUCCGGGAGCGCCCUGUGUGACUUCACCGGCACAGGAGUUGAGGUGUGGGGCAACCUGAACGCUCCCCGCGCGAUCACCCUGUCGGCCCUCAUCUAUUGUCUGCGUUGCAUGGUGGGCCACGACGUCCCCCUCAACCAGGGUUGCCUCACUCCGGUGAGCGUGGUGAUACCCCCGGGCUGCAUCUUGGACCCGUCGGAGGGGGCGGCCGUGGUGGGCGGCAACGUGCUCACCUCGCAGCGCAUCGUCGACGUCGUGCUCAAGGCUUUUCAGGUGUGUGCGGCGUCGCAGGGGUGCAUGAACAACCUGACUCUAGGGGAGGCCGACUGGGGGUACUACGAGACCGUGGCGGGUGGCAGCGGAGCUGGUCCGGGGUGGGCGGGGCAGGGCGGCGUCCACACGCACAUGACCAACACUCGCAUCACGGACGUCGAGAUCGUGGAGCGUCGGUACCCCAUGCUGGUCACCGGGUUCAGCCUCAGAGCCGGCUCGGGUGGUAGAGGGCGCUGGGCGGGCGGCGAGGGCGUGCGGCGCGAGCUGGUGCUACGGCGCGCCGUGCGUCUCUCUGUGCUCAGCGAGCGCCGCGCGCUGCCCCCCUACGGGCUCCGCGGCGGCGAGGCUGGGGCCCGUGGACUCAACCUACUAGAGCGAACAGACGGCAGGAUCAUCAAUCUCGGUGGAAAGGCGUCUGUUGACGCUUAUCCAGGGGACAAAUACAUAAUGAAUUCGCCCGGAGGUGGGGGGUAUGGUCCCCCGGCGGAAAGCUCGAGUGACGAACAAACAGACAAACAAUACAGCGCGUUUAUUGAGCGGGGUAGCGUGUACGAGUAUAGGAGUGCUCAGGAAUCGGUUUAACGUAGACCACGCGUACUGUCUGGUCGAAAUAUUACUCUGUAUUCCCUUCAAAAUAUACCCUAUCUUAUUGGAGGUUGGCAAAUGUUGGACCAACAUUACGACCAUGGAGCAUGUUUGGUUAAUCCCCCUGUUUAUGGUACUCAUCUUAUCCUACGUUUUGUAUCCGUGUUCGAAGGGCCUAGGUAUUUUGGUUUCGACAUGAAAUUACCUAAGGUUCCACUCUUAUCGUGUCCGAUGUGUAUUUCCCGGUUCGCCCAAAUUUGCAAGAAAUUUGCAAGUCGCAUAAUAAGCUGUUCUCGUCCAAUAACUCAACUCAUGUAUGUUUGGACAUUCUUGUAUGUCUCAAUCUGGAGACUACACUCAACUCCCCAGGGUCGAUUUGGUUCUGGGUGGAGACCCGCAGUAAAUCAGACUAAAUCCACAUUCGGUUCGGAUCUUAUCCACUGCUUUUUCAGCGAUCUUUCAGACUAAUUUCUCAUUUUUAAUUGAGGAAUUUAUAUUGAUUUAAUACAACUUUACUGUAUUUGGAGACAGUGCCUUACAAGUAUAUUUACAUAUAUAUAGACUAGAGUUUUAUAUUUUCUUCAAUAAUAACCAUUAUGCCAAUGACGUUAAGGCUCACCUUAACUUUUUCUAUUAGAAAAUCAUCUUUAUAUCUCAUCGAUAUUAUGCUAUAUCAUCAAAUCUAUAUAAAAAAAGAACCUUAUGAAUAUAUAUGUAAAAUAAAUUAUUCUAAGUUCGAUGAAUUAUUAGUAUUCCUGUUAAAGUUUUUCCGACCAGUUCGAUAGAGAACCGUCCACAAAGAUUUACUUCAAAGUUAGUUGUUUAUUUAUUAUCGGGUUUAUUAUAUUCAUUUUUACAAUUUCCAAAAUCCUCAAGAUUUUUUUUUUUUUUUUAUUGCUUAGAUGGUUGGACGACCUCACAGCCCACCUGUUGUUAAGUGGUUACUGGAGCCCAUAGACAUCUGCAACGUAAAUGCGCCACCCACCUUGAGAUAUAAGUUGUAAGGUCUCAGUAUAGUUACAACAGCUGCCCCAAACCGAAACGCAUUACUGCUUCACGGCAGAAAUAGGCAGGGCGGUGGUACCUACCCGUGCGGACUCACAAGAGGUCCUACCACCAGUACGACCAGACCAGAUCUAUAAAAUAUAUAUUAUAUUUUUUAAUUGAUUUACAUAAUUAAUAGUAUCAUUGGGAUUUCAUAUUCGCCAUAAGAGGGUGCUGCAUUUAGAUCACUUGUAUUCAGGACGUUUGGAUUUUUUUUUUAUUAAAAUGUUAAACUCAUUCUUUGCUGCGAGUGAAAAUAGCUAAAGUCUGUCUAUAAUAAGAUUAUAAGAUGGAUAAGGACACGGGGGAAAAUCUAAAAAAACAAAACCAUAUUUUUUAAAUAUGUUAACGUUUAUCAUUAUAAGUACAAAUAUCUACUAUGUUUGACGAAUGAAAAUAUUUUUAUUUUUGUUUAAUUGUUGAAUGUUUAUUAAAUGCAUUUUAAUAUGUAUUUUAUAAUUAUUGAAUCAUUGUUGACAAUUUAUAUAUAAAUAAAUAUUAAUCGAA